UGCGCUCCGGUGCUCCGGUUCACCGUCUCUUCCUCGCGAACAUGGCGGCGCCUGCGCUCUCCAGCCGGACUGGUUCAGCUGGCAGCAGCCCCACCGCCACACCGAAUAGCACCAAACCCGUCCCGCACUGCCCCGAGCUAGACUUCAGGUCCGGCUCCAGGAUAGAAGAACUCAACCGACUGAUAGCCGAAUUCAGCAAGCACGACCAGCGCGAGUAUGACGACCAGCGAGCGCUGGAGAUCCACACGGCCAAAGACUUCAUAUUCUCCAUGCUCGGUAUGGUGCAAAAGCUGGACCAGAAACUUCCGGUUGCCAACGAGUACUUGCUCUUGUCGGGCGGGGUUAGAGAAGGCGUGGUCGACAUGGACCUGGACGAGUUGACGGUUUACGCACGGGGGGCGGAUUACGACAUGGACUUUACUCUACUGGUUCCUGCGCUCAAACUUCAUGACCGAAACCAGCCCGUCACACUGGACAUGCGCCAUUCCGCGCUAUGCCAUUCCUGGCUUAGCUUGCGUUUGUUUGACGAGGGAACCAUCAACAAGUGGAAGGACUGUUGCACCGUAGUCGAUCACAUUAACAGCGCUACCAACUACUUCUUCUCCCCCAUGCUAGUGGCGGACUGGUUCUACGAAUCCAUCAGCGUGGUUCUCACGGAGAUUCAGAAGAAACCGCAGCGGGGAGUUCCGCGCGUCGAGAAAGUUGAGCGAAAUGGAACGGUCAUCUCCAUCAUCUUGGCCGUCGGUGGCAGCCGAAUGUUGUACGACGUAGUUCCGGUGGUUUCCUUCAAAGGUUGGCCCGCAGUGGCCCAGAGUUGGUUGAUGGAGAACCAUUUUUGGGAUGGUAAGAUCACAGAAGAGGAAGUGAUUAGUGGGUUUUAUUUGCUUCCUGCCUGCUCUUCCACAGGCCAGAAGGAAAACGAGUGGCGCCUGUCAUUUGCACGUAGUGAGGUGCAACUAAAGAAAUGCAUCUCCGCAAGUCUGAUGCAGGCGUACCAGGCAUGCAAAGCUCUCAUUAUCAAGCUUCUAUCUCGACCCAAAGCUAUCAGCCCGUACCACCUGCGCUCGCUAAUGCUCUGGGCCUGCGACCGCCUUCCGCAUGCGUACUUGGCACAGGAAGACUACGCCGCUCACUUCCUGGUGGGUUUGAUUGACGACUUGCAACACUGCUUGGUGAAUAAGACCUGCCCCAAUUACUUUAUCCCACAAUUCAACAUGCUAGAGCACCUGAGCGACGAUACGGCUAUGUUGCAUGCGCGUAAGUUGUCGUCCGUGCGUUCCGACCCUGCGGAACACUUGCGGAGCACCAUUGAGCACGCUAAAGCUGCGUCUCGCCUCACUCUCGAGCUUCAAUGGCGCGGUGGAAGUUCAAACCUGCCGUCGCCGCUGUCGGACCCCGGUAAUGACCAGCAACCGGACGACCGGCUCGCCAAGAAACUCCAGCAGCUGGUCACCGAGAAUCCGGGGAAAUCCAUCUCCGUUUUCAUCAACCCAGACGACGUCACGCGACCUCACUUUCGCAUCGAUGACAAAUUCUUCUAAUGCCCCCAUGAUUUCUUGAUGGGAUAGUUUGAUUUUCUGGCUUGUCCCAGAACAAAGAAGCCACAACCACAUUGAUGCUACUGUAUGCCAGUGAUUCGAACAUUUCGGGGAUAUCGAACGUUUCUGGCUUUAUGAGACUUGCAAUGGACAUGUUCCUGUUUUGUUGCUGCCAUUUAAAGACAUGUUGUCAUAUCUGUUCCACCCCGUUGUAGACCCCAAGUUAUGGCUGGUUGUACUGGAAGAAUAGAAGAUUUACGGAAGGAAGAGGGGGAGAAAGAAUUGUGCAUGGCUCAAACCAUUAUCUCAACUCAUAAGUGCAAUUAGACAAUAUAUUUAUACACAACUGCUUUACUUGUAAUUACACUGUAACAUUACACUGUAAACACUACUCUAGACACACUUACUAAAAUGUAUUACAAACUUUCACGAACUGCACACACACACUGAAUACAAAUUCUGUGCAUAGCUCUUUGGUUAAAUAUCACGAUAAACAUGUUGAGGCCACAUUUUACCACAAAAUAAAAAAUAAAAAAAACAUGAUAUUUUGCUUAAAGAAAAUUAAGCCAAUUUUUAAGAUUUUUGUGCAUUGUGAUAUUAUACAGUCUCAUUACAGUAAUGCGUUUGGAGUUAUUUGUAAUUAAUGUUAUUCUCAAUGGUGGUUCUCAUUACCAAUUCAAAUAAUUUUUUUAAUCAAAACCCGCAUAAAUUAAAGCCAUUUAUAUUACUUUUUUAGAAGCGGUGGGUGAAAUUUGCAAUGUGCAUUGUGAUAUUUAUUUUUAUGACAAUUAAGCAUAUUUUCACUCCAAAUUACUAUUACUGCAAUGCGUGCAGGCGUUUUAAAUAAUUUUCAUUGAUGAUUCUUAGUAAUUUCUGAUUACUCUAAUAAAAUUACUACUGUAAUACAAUAUUAUUUUAUUACAAUCAGCAUAAAUGAAAUGCAGUUCAACUUAUUCUACCAGGAUAUAUUAAUACUUUACAAUUUAAGUGUUUUUAUUUUCUGUACAUUACAUUAAAUGAGGAUGAUAUUUAUUAUUAUGAUUAUUUUGCAUUACAUUAAUGAGAAUUAGUGGGGGACAUGUGCCUAACUGUCAUUAAAAUAAUGUCGCAAUGUAAAAUAUCUCAAUGGCUCGAACAAUAGGCUUGUUAAAUGCGAGAUUCACCCCUUUUAUGAAAGUCAGAAAUUAAAAAGAAUUAUUUGCUUGUGAUUUUUUAUAUAUAUGCUGCUGAUCAUGAUAGGUGCAUUGGAUAAUUUUUGUUUUGUUUUUAUUAUUAUGUGAUAUGAGAUGUGCAUUGUGACUGUGUACAUACUGCUGUAAGUAACCCCUCCCACUUUUCUGAGAUGGACCAAUUCAACUGGAUGAUUAUCAGCAUCAACCAAUCAUGUGAUGCACACUACUAUUUUUAUUCACACAUGGAAAUAUUUGCAUGUAAUUGAAAGGAAGGACAGAUUGGAACGGACCAGUCAUGGCUCUUCAAGCUCUACAGGGAACAAUCGUAAUGCCUUAUCACUGAAAUCAACCAAUGGAGCUUUGUUCAUUCCGAUUAAGGACUUUUUUUGCAACCCAUCUGUUUCUUUGUAUAUUUGUGUCAGGACAUAUCAGAACAUGUUUUAGCUGUAGACAGUUGCAGACUAAUGCUAUGUCAGCCCGUUCAUAUCGUAAUUGUAUGUACAUGUUAGCGGUAUAAAAUACAGUCUUUGUUUAUGCUUGAUGCAUUGCCAGCAGGCUUUUGGACACCUCAGUAAAAUGGGUCAGUGUUGCAUUUCAAACUUGUGUUUGGUAA